AUGGCCGAGUCUGUUGAAAUACGCCCCAUGACUUUCCACCGGGAAGUCCUGGCAAGAAUCGCGCCCGACUUGUAUAUGCAAAGACACUUAUCACUGGGAUUACGACCAAGUCUACGUGCGUUUGAAGAGUUCAGAAACGUCGAAAUAAGCGACGGAAGACUAUCGUGUGCGUCGGAAGACAGUAUCAAUCGCGAAGGAAACAACAUUUUAGGCUCGAAUGUGCUGAAAUGCGGGAAAACUAUGGUCAUCACGUCGAUAACUGGUGGAGUGGUAGAGGAAAACAUCCCCGUGAAAUCAGAGGAAAAUGAGAUUGUAGAAUCAUACAACGAGACAGACCGCGCAGCGAAUUUUGGUCAGGUUUAUCCUGUAGUGGAAGUUGAAAGAGGUCGCGUAGGAGCUCCCACAGACGAGGAAAUGACAUUGUCGCAGAGAAUCUACAAUUGUAUCUUGCAUUCCGGUUUGGUACCCAAAACAGCGUUAGACGUUGCAGUGGGUGUUAGAUCUACAGAUGCAGAGGGGAAAACAACCAUUACUUACUCAGACGAGCAAGAAGCAGAUGGAGCGUUACCCACCACUUUCAAAUUUAGAAGAAAAUGGACCUACACGCUCUAUGCCAAAAUUCAAGUCUUCAGUCGCGACGGGCCUCUUUUCGAGCUGUGCUGGAACUCGCUUCUGUAUGCACUCGCCAACACUAAAAUUCCUCGGGCGUUUGUCGAUGAGCGCACGACGGAUCUCAAAAUACCAAUUAGCAUGAGGGGACGCAGUGCCGCAAUUAGAGAGACUUUUGACAUCAUAUGUGACCCCACAAGCUUUCUGCCUUUGCGUUUAAACACAUCGAAUAAGGCCUUUGCAUCAAACUUUGCGGUGAUCGAUUUAGACCCAGAAGUUCAACUCCCCAAGGACGACGACGAUAUGCAAGAUAGUAUGCCAAGCUCAGUACUGCUUGCUGAUAUACAAGGCGAAGCUGAAGAAGCUUCUGUGACGUCCACUAUAUCUGUGGUCACGGACGGUGUCGGAAAUCUAAAGCAUUUUAAGGCAGUAGGUGGAAGUUCCAAGAUAACGAUGGAUAUGAUGCGAAACUCUAUUAAACUGGCAAAACUGCGAGCAUCUGAUCUAGACAGGAAGUGUUGA